AACGCUCAGUUCUUGGUUGGAAGCAACACAGAUAUAACAAUUGAAUAUUUUAAAAUGAAUCGUUGGUUAAAUCGGGUAGCUGUGGUGACCGGUUCCAGUUCUGGAAUUGGUGCGGCCUGUUGCAAAGAUUUGGUGGCCAAGGGCAUGGUUGUGGUGGGUUUGGCACGUCGUGAGAACCGCUUGCUGGAGCUGAAGGCACAACUACCUGAGGAUCAGGCAGCCCGCUUCCAUGCCCGGAAAUGCGAUGUGAGCGAUGAGCAGCAAGUGAUUGAUACAUUUAGCUGGAUUGAUAAGACUCUGGGAGGUGCUGAUGUGUUGGUGAACAACGCGGGUAUUGUUCGUUUCACAACGAUCAUUGGUGAGGGAAACAGCGCCGAUUUACGUGCCACACUGGACACCAAUGUCCUGGGUGUUGCGUGGUGUACACGCGAGGCCUUCCGGUCGCUGGAGCGACGCCAAAUCAACGAUGGACAUGUCGUUAUCGUCAACAGCGUUGCCGGUCACGGAGUUCCCGUUCUCCCCAACUUGAGCCUAAACAUGUAUGCGCCCUCCAAGCACGCCAUCACUGCCAUGACUGAAGUGUUGCGGCAAGAGUUUCUAAACAAAGGCACCAAAAUCAAGAUCACCAGUGUCAGCCCGGGCGCCGUCGAUACCGAAAUUGUUGACAAGAGUCUGUUUCCAAAAAUUGAGGACUUUCCUUUGCUGAGCUCUGAGGAUGUUGCCGAUGCCAUCACCUACUGCAUUCAGACACCGCCCAAUGUUCAGAUUCACGAAUUGAUCAUUAAGCCGGUGGGUGAGAAAAACUAAACUCAACUUUGAAACUGAAACUACUUGAUCUGACUAAAUAUAUUUGGUGCUCUUUUCAUGCUAUGAAAUUGUUU